AUGCAUCUAUUGACCUCCUUACGGUCUUCCGUUAGCAUAUCUCGUCAGAGUCCCUCUCCUAAGUCUUCGUCGGGAAGUUUCCCUACGACUCCCAUCGACCCUAUUAGUGAAGAUGGAUCAUUCACGAGCGGUUCUACGACACCUGCAUUCCAGUCUUUGCCACAGGACUUGUUGGAUGGCAUGAAGCCAGCGCUGGUGCUAAUUCAGGCCCAAGCACGUAAGAAAUAUUACAGUUGGGAGUAUGACCCUUUGAAACACGAAGUCUGGCAAAUGACGUCUAAUGAGAGACCAGAUGAGUUUUUGUCAGUGCAUAAGCUCUUUCUGGUCGGGACCAAUUUAGUUAUUGAAGGCGAGAAUUUCGAAAGGUAUAGGAUAAGUCUUGUAGAAGAAAAUGAUAAUAUUGGGCGAUGUGGCGUAGAAGCCUCUGGACAGGUUUUAAGUCUCAACGGUGGUCAAAUGAUACUGACAUGUACUGAGUUGCUAUCGCUUAUGAAUCUUGAGAAGUUUUGUCUCUUAUCCAUUUUUGAGUGUUCUUCCAUCUUCAAAUCAAUAACAGGUACUGUGAUAUCGGGUCUGGGGCUUCAACUGUCAGAUAUGCAUGUCAUUUUGAGUUCCACUUUCAAUUACAAAGAUUGGUGUGAAGUUUACUUGAAAGAAGAGGGAUGGGUCAAAGUGUGGUGUCACAUCGAUAAAGUCGGUAGAAAGAGCUCAGGCGACCAUCGUGACGGGCGGUGUCAGAUAAAGUUUUACAGAGACAAGAAAUCGACGUCUUCUAAAAACCUAGUUUGUUUUAUCCCAGACUGUGAAUACGUGCAAGAUGUGUUCUUUUAUAAAGACUGCAAAUCACAUCCACUGGAUGUUUUAGAAAUGGGACUCGAAGACUUUUUAGACCGUUUGAACACUAUAAAAGUUGUUGGUAACAUUUGUUACCCACAAGAAGGUUUCUCGCAACAGAAUAGAUCAAGAUCGUCGUCGAGUAUGUCCUUUUUUAUGAACAACGAUAACCGCAGAAACUCGACAGUGCUAUCAAGCCCCACAUCUUCGACCUCCAGGCUAAAGAUGCUCUCACCAUCCAGAGGUCACCAAAGGAAAAAAUCAGAAGUCAGUUUAGACUCGAAUCACUCUCGUUACACAGACAUCGACAACUGCAUCACAGAUCCCAAGGGACUCCUGAUAAGGCCUCUAGCGCACAGCGGUGUUCACUGCCUCGAAGCUAUGAUCAGAAUGGUUAUCCCAAUGAUGGACUGCACACAUUUGUACGGUCGUCCAGCACACUUCAAGACAGAGCGUAGUGAUCUAGAAUCGCUGAUGUUCGGCCUACCAAAACUCCCGGCCGUGGACUACUUUGCCAAGGAAGAACUAUUACUACUCCUUGAGCCCGAAAUCGUCAUUGACAAGUUUCCCUCAGCAGAUCCUAGCACAGUAGCCAUGCGUUUCUUUACCAAGUUUCUCGCCGAUAGAAUGGCUCAAAAUUCAAAGCGGGACAGCAAGCUGACCUUCACACACCUCGCCAGCUUGGCUCCCCAACCACAAGAGAUCAUCUCGGUUUCAGAGAAGCUCGACGACACUACCUCUACAACCAGUUCUCUCAUCAUAUAG